AUGCCCAUCGUUUGGUUUAAAUACAGAUCACUUUGAGCGAUUCGAACCAAUUAUACCUUGGUCGUUGAAGAUAUGGGAAUGAUGUGCCGAUUGAUCUACGGUCUGUUAAUAACAUUGCACCUAUUGGGAACUUAUGCGCACAACACUAAUCGACAUGGGGGCAUUCAGUACGUUUUACCACUGAAUAACUUGCGUCUGAAUCCACCACAUACGGAGCAACUGAGCGAUUUCAGCUCGAUAUCUUCACCUGAUGGAUCAGUCGAUCCUCAAGGCUCUCAAGAAAUAGAGCAACGGGGAUGGUUUACUGAUCUUGUUGGUAGUCUCUUCUUUGAAUGGGUAAAGGCUAAAGUGAUCGGAUCUGCAGAAAAACUGCCAAAUUAACACUAGACUAUUGCAACAUUGUAACAUUGUGGUCCAAUUACUAAAAAAAUACGGAUUAUCAGAUAUAAUUUAAUAAAGUUCUCAUAUUAAUAAACAAUA